ACUUAUACGUAGAGUGAGCUAACGGCUGCCACGUAGGAUCAUCGAAACGGCACCGUUGGAACCGGAACCAAACCGGACAAGAGGAGAAAUCUCCGAUUACCUGAUUUGGUUAACCUCCGUUAUUAAACUAGACGACAGAGAGAAUACUCAGAGAGAAGCCGCCGCCAAAAAGAAAACCCUAAAGAUGGAGGAAGAAAGCAAGGCGAAGAUCGAGGAAACGGUGCGAGAGAUUCUGAAGGAAUCGGACAUGACGGAGAUGACAGAGUUCAAGGUCCGUAACCUCGCUUCGGAGAGACUCGGCAUCGAUCUCUCAGACAAAUCUCACAAGGCGUUCGUACGCGGCAUCGUCAAGUCGUUCCUCGAAGAAGUGGAGUCGAAACAACAACAACAACAGGACAAGGAAGAGGAAGAGGAAGAAGAAGAAGAAAGAGCUAAGGAGGGAAACAAAGAGUUUGACGAUGACGGCGAUCUCAUCAUUUGCAGGCUGUCGGAUAAGAGGAGAGUGACGAUUCAGGAGUUUAGAGGAAAGAGUUUGGUUUCCAUCAGAGAGUAUUACAAGAAAGACGGCAAAGAGCUUCCUUCUUCUAAAGGAAUAAGCUUAACAGACGAACAAUGGUCAACGUUCAAGAAAAAUAUUCCAGCUAUCGAAGCUGCUGUCAAGAAAAUGGAAUCGCGUGUCUGACGAACUUGUGGUUGAUUCUGCUUUCAGAAACAUAUGCAAGUGUCUUGUUGAAUCAGUGGUGCAAAAUGUUAUUGUGUUUAUGUAACUUAUUUUCUUUCUUCGGUUGGUCGUAAUGUGUUUCUAAGAGGACCUGGCGAACGAGCCACUAUCAUCAGAGUAUUCAGUAGUACUUGGCCCUGUUCGUUUGCUCACCCAGGUGAUCCAUCUGGGUGAAGAUGCAAAUUGAUGUUCGUUUAGUGUA